AUGAUUAAAAAAUCAUGUGAGACUGUCCAAAUAAUUGACGCUACAGCUGAAUGUCCGUCAACUAAUUUUGUUUUUGAUAAUUCAAAAUGUGUUAAGCAGGAGUAUACACCAAUAACAAAAUCAUGUCCUAAAGGUUUCACUAGUACCCCAUCUGGUUGUAUCAAGAAAACCAUUUGUAAUGCGAAAGACGUGAAUUGUCCAAACAAUUCUAUUCUUUCAGGUAAAUUUUGCUUAUUAGAAGAACAUAGUGAACCAAUUAUUAAUUGUCUUCCCGGAUACACUUAUACAAAUAGGGAAUGUGUUCGUCGGGAAAAAGUACCCCCUAAAUUGUAUUGUGGUAGAGAUUACAAACUUCAAGGUAAUGAAUGCGUAACAAGCUCUAGAGUGAGUGGAGAACUAUUUUGCGAGUCUGGAACCCUACAAAAUAAGAUGUGCAGUGUUGUUACCGAAGUAGACGCCAUAAUUAAUUGUCCUAAAAAUUCAUUUUUAAAUGGUACGGUUUGUACAACAAUUCACAACGUUGAUCCAGUCAUUGAAUGCCCACCAAACUUUAUGUUGAAAAAUGGAGAAUGUGUGCAAAAACGCCAGGAACAGCCCAAAUUGCAAUGUUCCAAUGGUAUAAUCACUCAAAACGGACAGUGCAUAUCUACUACUGAGAUAUUGCCAAACGUUAGCUGUGAAGAAGGGUAUACUCUCAACGACAACGUUUGCAUUAAACAUAUUGAAAGAGAAGUCCAAAGACAUUGUCCUAAAAACCAUCAUUAUGAUAAUGAUAGCGAUCUUUGUGUUUCUAAUAGCAAAGUUGCCAAACAAGUUCCCAAAUGUACUGAUGAAAUCGAAAUGAUAGACCCUGAUUUCAAAUGUCCAAAAGAUUAUAAAACACAUAUAUUAGCCAUAGCUUUUCUUGAAACAUUUAAAGAUACGUGA